AUGGGCCAGAUUGGGAAGGGCGGUACGAGGGUGAGACUUGGCGUUGGUGUUUUGGAACAUCAAAGAUGGACAGGGUUUUCGCGGAGGUCGCUCCUCGGAUAUCUCCACAACUACAGGUCGGGGAUCUUCCAAAAUCGAGAAGAUUGGUGCAUAUGGCUAGGUCACUUCACCUUACAAUUUGUAUGGCACUCUGGCCCGGGGUUGUGGUGUGGUAGCGGUGAACGGGGGAUAAUCCCACACAGGAGCUUCGAACAACGUCCGGUUCACGUUUGGCUGGAUAACUCCACCACCACACAGGGUAUGCGGUCGGCGAUGGGGUCAGAAUGCUCGUAUGAUCGAGGGCUUUUCGAUGGAUCUAUCGGCGGGUUCUUAUUCGAAGAUCUAUCUAGAGAAUAA